GAUACCAUAAAAACAACUUUGCAUCUCAUACAAUGGCUCACGCGCUCAUCCUUGGAGCCUCUGGCAUCUCCGGAUGGUCUCUUCUGAACCAGACGAGGAUCUACCCUACUUCGACGACAUUUGUUCGCAUCACCGGCACCACGAAUCGCCCUUUCACCUUGGAGCAGGCUCAUAUCACUCAGGAUCCUCGAAUGCAAAUUGCUUCUGGAAUCGACUUUACCAAGUCAGUCGAGGAAGUCGCGCGCUUGCUGAAGGAGAAAAUCCCGGAUGUCGACACGGUCUCUCAUGUGUUUUUCACCGCAUACAUUCAAACAGACGACUUUGAGAGCCUGAAGAAAGUAAACACCAGUCUUCUAGAAGUCGCCGUGCGGGCCAUCGAGACCGUAUCUCCCAAACUCGAAGUUGUAAUUCUACAAACCGGUGGAAAAGGUUACGGACUCGAGUUCCCAAAAGAGGUCAAAAUCCAGCCACCACUCAAAGAAAGCUACCCGCGCAUCCCCGAGCCCUGGGCCAGCAAUAUCUUCUACUACACGCAAUACGACCUGCUCCAAAAUCUCUCCGAGGGAAAAGCCUGGACCUUCUCCGAAAUCCGCCCCGACGGCAUCGUCGGCUUCACUCCCAGCUCGAACGCCAUGAACCAGGCCCAGGGCAUCGGCAUCUAUCUCACCGUUUUCCGCGAAGUGUACGGCGCUGGUGCUGAAGUCCCGUUCCCUGGCUACGAGCACGGAUAUCAUUCCACGCACUCCGACACGUUCCAGGAUAUCCUGUCCAAGAUGGAGAUCUAUGCUGCACUUAAUCCCGAUAAGUGCGGAAAUGGCGGCGUCUUUAAUGUUGGUGAUGGUAAGACCGUGUCGUGGGCGCAGGUGUGGCCAAGGCUCUGCGAGUACUUUGGCCUUGUUGGGACGGGGCCGGUGAAGAGCUCGAAGUCGAUGCAGGAUUUUGUCAAGGAGCACCGCCAUGCGUGGGCGGCUUCGGUGGACAAGUAUGGCGUCAGUGCGGAUGUUGUGGAUAAGCAGGGCUGGGGUCAUACUCAUUUCAUGGUUGUUGAUUUUGACUUCGAUAGGCAGUAUGAUCUGACAAGGUCGCGUGAGGUGGGGUUUACGGAAGAAAUCGAUACCGUGGAGGGAUAUUUCCAGGCUUGGGAGCGGAUGAGGUCUGCUAAGAUUCUUCCUCCACUUUAA